AAGAAAAGCUCGAUUUUUGUUGAGCAGGCGGCUAGGGAAAAGCAAAAUGCCAAAGUUUGAGGAAAUUGUUGAGAAAGCCCGUAGCUUCACCCAGAAGCCCACUCAGGAAGAGUUCUUGGAGUUCUACGGCUACUACAAGCAAGCCACUGUUGGCGACUGCAAUACCGAUGAGCCAGAGGAUCCCAUACGGAAAGCGCUGUGGAACUCGUGGAAGGAAAAGGCUGGUAUGCCCAGCGAUGAGGCCAAGGCGCACUACAUUGAAGUGUACAAGAAGUACGCGCCAAAAUACCAAUAAAUGGUGAUGGGCACAUUUUUUUUUUUUGUGUAAUUCUUACGUAAUUUAUUUAUUACAAUGCUUACUGCUUAAACUAAUGUAUGUGUUAUAAUAAGAUAUCAUGUGUUUAGUAAU